CUCUUCUUCCUCUUUCACUCUCUCUCCUUCACCCUUCCUUUCCCUUACCUUGCAGACUUUGAUCUGGGUUCUCUCUCAAACUUCAUCUUCUUCCUCCUUUACUCCUCCCUGCUCAUCCUUCUUCUUUCUUCUUCUUAUUCUCUCUCUUCUCCCUUCUUCUUCCUCUCUCAAACCCCGAUCUGGGUUUUUCUUAGUCGUGUCAUGUUCAUCUUCUAUACAAAUUUGUGAAAAUUUUCACCUUCUGUAUAAGGUUAGUAUUGUUGUAGGUCCCUCCCUGUUAUCCCGAAUCGACAAAGUCAAGGAAUUCCUCCUCCAGGCUUCCUCCGCAAAGUACUACAAAUUCUUCCUCCUGGAGACCGACAUCGCUUACCUAUGGCGAAACCUGGGUUUUUCUCAAACAUCGCACUCAGAUUCUGCUCUGUAAACUCCAAAUCUUGUACCGUGUCUUCUUCUUCUUCGUCGCCGGAAGCCCUUUUCGAUGAUGCCGUUUUCUUGAAUCGCCGUUCGGAAUCGGAGCGAAGUCGAUGCAAGCAUACGUCUCCUGAUAACUGGCAGAGAAUAAGGUGUGUUUUCGCUCUAAUUUGUAUCCGGUGUCUUCGAUUUACUUUUGGAUCCUCUUUGUGCUGAUUUGAACGAAUUUUAGUUGAGUUGGAGCCGGUUUAUUGGAGAUAUUGCCGUGAGUUUACUGGGUUUGGUACGUCGAGUACAGUGAUUUGUUUCUGAUUUCUUAUUUGGAUUUGGAGAUGUGAGAUAAUUAUGGAAGUUACAGUGAUAUUUUAUGUGUUUCUCGCGAUUACUUUUCAGUGUUUGGAAUGGGGAUCUGGGUUAAUUUAUAUGAUGAAACCCAGAUCUGGGUUUGAGAAAGGAAGAAGAAGGGAGAAGAGAGAGAGAGAGAAAGAAUAAGAAGAAGAUGAAGUUUGAGAGAGAACCCAGAUCUGGGUUUGCAAAGUAAAGGGAAAAUGAAAGGGAAAGAAGACAGGAAGUGAUCGAGGAAGAAGAGAUGAGUGGAUGAAAAAAAACUGUUCUCAUUAUUUUUAAAUUUUUAAAAUAAAAAUGUCAACUUAUA